AUGCCCAGACUGCGCUAUAAGAUGGCUUUGCUGAUUGGCAGGGGCUUAAUUAUUCCACCUGGCCUGCCUGGCUUAUACCAGAAAAUCACAAGACGAUUUCUAAUCAGGGAGAAUGCUCUGAUGAAGGCGCCGAAGAUAGCAAAUCGUAACAUCCUAUCUCCUACUAACCUAUCAGAGGAGGAACGACGAGCGGCCAUCAACGCUCUCAAGAGUCCCAUUGUAAUGAAGCAUCUGGACGACAUCACCCAGGAACGACCUGAGUUACGGGAUAAUGAAGGAUACAAGGUCCUGAUCCCGACCAAGUACAAGAAAACACCAAACUAA